UCCCAUAUUUCCACCCUCUCAGCCCCAAAUUCCUUGUUUUUCUAUUUUAUUUUAAUUUUUUACUGAUUUCGUAUUUUCGAAAAAAUCCAAAAAAAUUUGUGUCAUCUUUAUUUUAGUUAAUUAGAAUUUUCGUGCUAUUUUUAGAUUUUUUUCUCAUUCAGUUUGACCUGUUUUCUAUUUUACUCACCUAUUUUCGUUGUAGGGACAUAGUUGGAAUUACCGUAAUUGUUGUUUAUCACCUCUUGCAUGACCAGGUCUGCUGGACAGUCCCAAUUAGAGCUUCCUGACCCUGAGAUAGAAAGAACACUCCACGCACGCAAAAGGCUCAACCGAGCUAAUAGCGUGCACUCCGGUAACAUUGAUUCUAACACUAUCUCUGAUUCUGAGUCUGACUAUUUCCAUACUUUAUUUAAUUCUGAUUCUGAACUUGAACAUCAAAACAUGGCUGCUGAACAAACAUUGAGGCAGCUUGCUGCUCCUGAUGUUAAUUACAAUGGUUUGUGUAUUGAAUAUGCUGAAGUUGACGUACCUUUUGAACUAAAAUCUGGUUUAAUACACUUGUUGCGAAGGUUUAAUGGUCUUGCAGGUGAGGACCCGCACAAGCAUCUAAAGGAGUUUCAGGUUGUGUGCUCCACACCAUUGAGGCCCGAAGGUAUCACGGAAGACCACGUCAAGUUGAGAGCCUUUCCAUUCUCGUUACAAGGUGCUGCUAAAGACUGGCUCUACUACCUUGAGCCAAAUUCUGUUUCAACUUGGAAUGAUCUGAAGAAGGUCUUUCUAGAGAGAUACUUUCCCGCUUCUAGAGCAGCAUCAAUCAGAAAAGAAAUAUGCGGCAUUAGGCAAGGAAACGAAUCAUUGGCAGAGUACUGGGAAAGAUUCAAGCAUCUAGUUUCAAGUUGUCCCCAACACCAGAUCACCGAGCAAUUACUCAUCCAAUAUUUCUAUGAAGGAUUGCUACCAAUGGAUCGAAACAUUUUGGAUGCUGCAAGUGGUGGAGCACUUGUUGACAAAACUCCAGCUGCUGCAAAGGCCUUGAUCGAGAACAUGUCACUCAACUCGCAACAAUUUACAACCAGAAAUAAUUCUGCAAGUGUGAAUGAGAUUCAGUCUUCCUCCAUCAAGGCGCUCGAAACCAAGUUUGAUGCUAGAAUUGAUGAACUCACCACCUUGGUGAAAAAGUUGGCAGUUAGCAAAGCUCAACCAGCAAAAGUAUGUGGCAUUUGUACUUCUUCUGAGCACCCGACUGAUACAUGCCCCAUUCUACAAGAUGAAACAAUAACUGAGCUUCCUCAAGCAUAUGCAGCAGCAGCAGCCCUUUACAAUCAAAACAGGUACAACAAUCCUGACCUCUCCACCAACAAAUAUCACCCUAGUUGGAGGAAUCAUCCAAACCUCCGAUAUGGGAAUCAGUCACAAGCUGCAGCCCCUGCUGCCCCACCAGCCACUUCCUCACUGGAAGACCUUGUCAAGCAACUGGCACAACGAACAGAUGCUAGCAUUCAGAACCUGACAACGCAGAUGGGACAAAUGGCCAAUGCAAUAGGCCAACUACAAGCUCAAGGCUCCGGUAACCUUCCUGCACAAUCAGUUCCGAACCCAAAUGGGAAUGUGAGUGCAAUUACUUUGCGAUCCGGAAGAGUGACCGAACCAGCUCCAGCUCCAGAGAAAAGAAAAAAAACCAGUGCACCAUCAUCUGUUCCUGAACCUUCUGCGACCGCUGAGACUGAAAAAUCAUAUGUACCACCAAUCCCUUUUCCUCAAAGGGUGCAGAAAAAUAAAAAGAACAAGGCGGAGGAAGACAAGGAGAUUCUUGAUGUAUUCAGCAAAGUAGCAGUCAAUAUUCCUCUCCUUGAUGUGAUCAAGCAGAUUCCGAAAUAUGCAAAAUUCUUGAAGGAUUUGUGCACAAACAAGAGGAAAGUGAAGGGAAAUGAGAGAGUUAAUCUGGGCCGAAAUGUUUCAGCCCUCAUUGAGUCUAAUGCUGCACUCGAACCUGUGCCUGAGAAAGCUAAUGUUUCAACCCUCAAUCAGGCCAUGCCACAGAAAUGCAAGGACCCAGGGACUUUUUCAAUUCCAUGUACCAUUGGGGAUAGAAAAUUCGAAAAUUGCAUGUUAGAUUUAGGAGCUUCUAUCAAUGUCAUGCCUACUUCUGUUUUUAACAAUCUUGAUCUUGGUCCUUUGCAGCAUACAGGUCUUACGAUUCAGCUGGCAAACAGGAGCAAUGCUCGCCCUGUUGGAGUGGUGGAGGAUGUGCUAGUUCAAGUUAAUGACUUGAUUUUCCCUGCAGAUUUUUACAUCCUUGACAUGGCUGGAGAAACAGAGUCAAGCAGAUCGCCGAUCAUCUUGGGCAGACCAUUCAUGAAGACGGCAAAGACAAAAAUCGACGUUGAUGAUGGGACCAUGUCCAUGGAAUUUGGUGACAUUGUGGCGAAAUUUAAUAUUUUCGAUGCUAUGAAAUACCCUCUGGAAGAGCACUCUGUUUUUCAAUUAGAACUACUUUCUGAAAUUGUUGAUGAAUUUCAUUCUGAUUUGUGUUCAGCUGAUGAUUACUCAUGUGAUGUUUGUACUGAUACUGACCUUUGUGUUGCUUGUGCCGAGUUUAAUUUGCAGGGCGAAGGUGAAGUUGUCAAUGAGGUUGUUUACGCAGUUGAAACUCUUGACAUCCCGGCUGUUCCAACAAAACCAUCCAUAGAACAACCACCAUCCUUGGAGCUUAAACCACUUCCUGAAAAUUUGAAAUAUGCUUACUUAGAGGAAAAUGAAAAACUACCCGUGAUUAUUUCUUCUAACCUUGAUUGUGAACAGGAGGAAAAGCUUUUGCAGGUUUUGAGGCAGCAUAAGAAGGCAAUCGGAUGGACCUUAGCUGACAUACCAGGCAUUAGCCCCACAAUGUGCAUGCAUCGUAUUCACCUUGAGGAGGGAGCUAAGGUGGUGAGACAACCCCAAAGGAGACUCAACCCUUUGAUUCUUGAUGUUGUGAAAAAGGAGGUAACUAAAUUGUUACAAGCAGGUAUUAUUUAUCCGAUCUCUGACAGUAAUUGGGUAAGUCCGGUACAGGUUGUGCCUAAGAAAUCUGGACUCACUGUGGUGAAAAAUGAAAAAAAUGAACUUGUACCCACCAGAGUCCAGAACAGCUGGAGAGUUUGUAUCGAUUACAGGAGGUUGAACCAGGCAACUAGGAAAGAUCACUUUCCCUUGCCAUUCAUUGAUCAGAUGCUUGAACGGUUGGCAGGUAAAUCACAUUAUUGCUUUCUUGAUGGUUUUUCAGGUUACUUUCAGAUUCAUAUUGCACCUGAAGAUCAAGAAAAGACCACUUUUACGUGCCCCUUCGGCACAUUUGCUUACAGGAGGAUGCCUUUUGGUCUUUGCAAUGCACCUGGCACAUUCCAACGAUGCAUGAUUAGUAUUUUUUCUGAUUUUAUUGAAAACUGUAUGGAAGUGUUUAUGGAUGAUUUCACUGUUUAUGGUGCUUCUUUUGAUGCAUGUUUGACUAGUUUGAACUUGGUUUUGUCAAGAUGCAUUGAAACUAACCUUGUCUUGAAUUUCGAAAAAUGUCACUUUAUGGUUCAGCAGGGAAUUGUAUUGGGUCACAUAAUUUCAGAAAAAGGAAUUUCAGUUGACCCUGCAAAAAUUGAUGUGAUCUCUACACUACCUUACCCAUCUUGCAUUCGCGAGAUUCGUUCUUUUCUUGGUCAUGCAGGUUUUUACAGGCGUUUCAUAAAGGAUUUCAGCAAGAUUGCCCUCCCGUUGUCAAACCUGCUUAAAAAUGAUGUGACUUUCGAGUUUAAUGAUGCAUGCAGAAAGGCGUUUGAUUUCUUGAAGAGAGCACUGACUUCUGCUCCCAUCAUUCAGCCCCCUGACUGGAACAUUCCUUUUGAAAUCAUGUGUGAUGCAUCUAACUAUGCAGUGGGAGCAGUUCUUGCACAAAGGGUGGAAAAAGCCGCCCAUGUUAUUUAUUAUGCUUCUAGGACUUUAGAUUCCGCACAAGCUAAUUACACCACCACUGAAAAGGAACUUUUAGCUAUUGUUUUUGCACUUGAUAAAUUCAGAUCAUAUUUGCUAGGUUCCAAGGUUAUUGUUUUUACUGACCAUGCAGCUUUAAAGUACUUGUUAAAGAAGCCUGAAGCAAAACCGAGGCUGAUUCGGUGGAUGUUGUUGCUUCAAGAAUUCAAUGUGGAAAUUAAGGAUAAAAGUGGAGCCGAGAAUUUAGUGGCUGACCACUUGAGCAGGAUUGAACGUGAUGGAGAUAUCUUCCCCAUUCAGGAUGAAUUUCCUGAUGAACAGCUGUUACUUUUACAUGGGGUGACUCCUUGGUUUGCUGAUAUUGUUAAUUAUCUUGUUGCUGGUGUUUUUCCUGCAGGUGCAUCUAGGACACAAAUUCACAAACUCAAGAGUGAUGCAAAAUAUUAUGUUUGGGAUGAUCCAUAUCUUUGGAAAUUUGGUAGUGAUCAGGUGAUUAGGAGGUGUGUUCCCGACUGUGAGAUUGAAUCUAUUUUGCAUCUUUCUCAUGCUUCUCCGGUAGGGGGACACUUUGGCCCUCAACGAACUGCUAGAAAAGUCCUAGACGCAGGUUUCUAUUGGCCCACAAUUUUCAAGGAUGCUUAUGAGACUUACCGCACUUGUAAGGAGUGCCAAAUAGCAGGCACAGCUAUCACUCGAAAGAGUGAAAUGCCUCAGCAACCUAUGCUUUUUUGUGAGGUAUUUGACGUAUGGGGCAUUGACUUUAUGGGCCCUUUUCCUGUAUCAUUUGGUUUUCUCUACAUUUUACUUGCUGUUGAUUAUGUUUCAAAGUGGGUGGAGGCCAUCCCCACUAGGACUAAUGAUUCUCGAGUUGUUGCAGAUUUUGUCAGGUCCAAUAUUUUUUGCAGGUUUGGAAUACCCCGAGCUAUCAUAAGCGACCAAGGCACGCAUUUCUGUAACCGCACCAAGGAAGCUUUGCUCCGGAAGUAUGGAGUUGUGCACAGAGUUUCUACCGCAUAUCAUCCCCAAACUAAUGGGCAAGCUGAAAUCUCGAACAGGGAGAUUAAGCAAAUUCUAGAGAAAAUGGUGCAGCCAAAUAGGAAGGACUGGAGCCGCCGUCUAGAAGACGCACUUUGGGCUCAGAGAACAGCUUUCAAGACUCCAAUUGGGAUGUCCCCCUAUCGACUUGUGUUUGGUAAGGCAUGUCACCUUCCUGUAGAAAUCGAACACCGUGCUUAUUGGGCGGUGAAGAGCUGUAAUAUGGAAAUGCAAAAAGCAGGUAUGGAAAGAAAACUUCAAUUACAGCAGCUUGAAGAGCUUAGGCUAGAAGCCUACGAAAGCUCUAAAAUUUAUAAGGAGAAAACAAAACACUUUCAUGAUAAAAUGAUUUCUAGGAAGGAAUUUUAUGUGGGCCAACGGGUUUUAUUGUUUAAUUCCCGCCUAAAAGUAAUGGCUGGGAAACUUCGAUCCCGGUGGAUUGGCCCCUUUGUUGUUACUAAUGUUUUCCCUCAUGGUGCAGUAGAAAUCAAAAGUGCAGGUACUAACAAGGUGUUUAAAGUAAACGGACAGCGACUGAAGCUGUUCCAUGAAAGCUCGGUGCCUGAAGAAGAGGGACAUGUUGAAGAGCUCUCCUUGGAGAAGCCGUUCUACCCAGCAGCUACACCGUAG